AUGGACCAGACCGAAAUAGACCAGUGGAACAGAAGCCUUUCAGGGGGCAAGCUGCUGCCUGUAUCCGGAGACAACCAGCAGCAGCAGCAGCAGCAGCAGCAGCAACUGCUGCAGCAGCAGGGGGUUGAGGCACAAAGAGCUAUGGCAAUCGAAGCUAUAAAACUAAGUGCGCAGCAGCAAGAGGAAAGAGAGAAGCAGCAGCAGCAGAAACUGCAGCAGCAGCAGGGCUGGGUAUCACGGCUACUGGGUCUACACGAAAAAACAGAAAACACAAAAACAAAGAAACUGCCUCUAUUCUUCGACAAGUAA